CAAGUAAAGUGUAUAGAAUUAAAUGGGACGGAGGGAGUACUAAUUGCUUCUUCGAAUCAAAUCCCAUCUCGUUUAACCAGAUUCAGAGGCACUUGCCGCCCCUCAAGAACCAGGUUUCUACCAAAUCGCACCCCUAAUUCAUAUUUCUCAAAUCAAGUUUUUGUUUUUAGGUAAAAGAAGAAGAUGGGGGUGCUUAUGUCAAGAUUAUGGUUCAUGAUGUUCCCUGCCAAAGAAUACAAGAUUGUUGUUGUUGGACUUGAUAAUGCUGGAAAGACUACUACCCUUUACAAAUUGCACCUUGGUGAAGUUGUUACUACUCACCCUACAGUUGGUAGUAAUGUUGAGGAACUUGUUUACAAGAAUAUUCGAUUCGAGGUAUGGGAUCUUGGCGGGCAAGACAGACUACGAACAUCAUGGGCAACAUAUUAUCGCGGUACACAUGCUGUUAUUGCAGUAAUAGACAGCACUGACAGAGCUAGGAUUUCCAUUAUGAAGGAUGAAUUAUUCAGGCUGCUACCGCAUGAGGAUCUUCAAAGUGCAGUUAUACUCGUCUAUGCAAAUAAACAAGAUCUUAAGGAUGCCAUGACCCCUGCAGAGAUAACCGAUGCCUUGUCCCUGCACAGUAUCAAAAACCAUGAUUGGCACAUUCAAGCUUGUUCUGCUCUCACUGGGGAUGGGCUCUAUGAUGGCUUAGGGUGGGUUGCCCAGCAAGUUGGUGGAAAAACUACCACCAGCUAAUAUUUAAACGUUUAAAGAGGCCGUAAACUGUCUUUUUCAUGUUGUUAAAGGUACACAACUCAUCUGUAUUUUGUUAAUUGAGCUUGUAACAUUCUGCACAAUGUAUCUGCUUAUAGCAUUUGCCAAGAAUAGUUCUUGUAUAACCUGUUCUUCUACAGGUACAGUUUGCUGAAAAAGUUGAAUCAUAGGUUAAUAAGAUUAAUCUAUUUUAAGAACAAA